GUUCUACACGUGUCACGGGAGAUAACGCAGUGAGGAGUCCUCCCCGUCCGAGCAAACAUUUCAAAAGGGCUUGUUUUAAUUUGCAAACAAAAAAUAAAAGGGUUUUGUUUACAUUUCAAGAUAGGCUCUUUUGAAACGUAACCGCAAAAUUGUCUCUCUCUGCAUGAACGAACAUGGAGUCACAUCUCACGAGACAGUCUGACUGACAGUGUAAAAAGUUUGUAAUUAAACACAUCCCGAGCAACAGAGUUGGUGUCGUCAACGCUGUGUUUAUGUUAAGUCCCUUAAUUCGUGCAAUAUGUUGCACGCUUGAGCGCACCCCAACCCCGCCUCCAUGUGCCAUUUAUGGAAAGUAAUUUCAAUUAAAUUAUUUUAUUACAUGCGUUUCGACUUUUUCCCAAAACAUAAUUACCGCGCAUGUUUAUUAGUGACGGGCGCCAUAAACUUUCGAUUAAGACAUAAACAGGCAAAAUGGCAACACUGGUCGGCAGGCAGCUGUCACCGUCAGCAACGCGGGUAGAUUUUUGUUCAGAGCGAUCGGCCAUAAGAAGAGAGAACUAACACACACGUGGCGAAGUGGGGUCGCUCUCACCAAUACAUGCUCAAGGUUUUUUGUUUUGCACAUGGCAAGCGCUGUCAGACGGUCUGCUGCUGCACGAGGGACGAUCGAUGCAAGUUUGUUUGGAGGCGGUUGAAAACAGUUGUUUUGCGGAAUAAAAGUGGAAAACGUUGCUGUGAGUGAUGGAAGGAGAGGCGGAAUCAUCGUCCUCCCGGAACUCCCCACCCGCCACCAAGCGGCGCCGCAUCAUGUCGCUGAGCGAAAAGUUCGGCAUCGUGAACCGGCUGGCCGCGGGCGAGGGCAGCUCGCGGAUUGCCCGCGAUCACGACGUGGCCGAGUCGGCCGUUCGGCGCAUCGGCAAGCAGCAGGCCACCAUCCGGGCCGCGGUGGAGACGCUCGGUAAAAAAGGCGCCGAGGCAGCGCUCAAGCAGCGGAACCUUCGGCUGUACAAGAUGGAGUCGUGCCUGCUGGUUUGGCUGGAGGACAUGAGGGCGAAACGGUUGCCGGUUUGGAGCACGAAGAUUUGCGCCAAGGCGGUGCAGAUUUACGAGGCGAUCGGGGAGUUGGGGUACGAGGACUCGGCGGAGUUUUUGGCGAGCUUUGGGUGGUUCACGAGGUUCCGGAAGAAGUACGGGUUGGCGGAGGUGCGACCGCACGCGGAUCGGGUUCCGCCGAUCGAGGUCGAGUUCUUGGCGUCGGUGAAGAACAUGAUCAGGGAUGGGGGGUUCUCGCGCGAGCAGAUCUUCAUGGCGGAGAGGACUACAUUCUGGUGGAAACGGUUUCCGGGGUUGUCGGAGCAGGAGAGCGUCAAUUUGAUGCUGUGCUGUAAUGCUUCUGGAGAUUUUGUAACGUAUCACAGGCUGGAGGAAGAAGACGAUAAGACGGUACAGUUCCUAACCUGGUUUAUCGAGCAGUUCGUGCCAAAUAAGACCACCUAUUUGCAGGUUAACGAACUCGCCAAAGAUUCCAUGCUCGUUCUAGCUUCCGACGAGAGCUAUCCUCAAGAUCUGUACGAGGACUCCAUCAAAAUAGUGUACCUUCCCCCGGAAUGCAACUCUUCCCUUCUGCCCGCGGUUCAGGGCAUCCUCCAGCACCUGAACGCCGUCUACCUCAAAAACCUGUCCGAGUACCUGAUCGCCGAAGUCAACACCGGCACGCCCCUCCGCCUGGUGUGGCACAGGUUCACCCUGGACCAAGCCAUGCAGCUGCUGUCCAAGUGUAUCGCCCAGCUGCACAAAUCCACCCUCGCGAUCGCCUGGAUCAAACUGUUCCAAGACAUCCCGGGUCGGUUCUGCAACGAAAUGCUCCUGCGCCAAAUUACCGUGAACGCCGCCACCCUCAAAAUCCACAACAGUUCAAUCAACCUCGCCCGCAAGCUAAUCACCCCCGCAGAACUGACCACCGAAGAGGUGAUCGAACUGUUCCACAAGCAGCAGAUGGAAAGGAUCCGCCUCGAGGGCCUUCGAACGGAGGUCAAGCAGGAACCGGUUGACCCCAGCCUAAUCUCGGAACUCGAUCGCCAUCUGGCAGCGCUCGCCGAAGCACGGGCGUUUUUCAUGGCCAACGAUCGGAAUGGGGUGCGGCAGGAACUGACCAUGAAGCGGCUCGAGCAGGUUUGUGGCUGGGCGGGCGAGAUGCGAGCGGAACUGGUGGAGCAGGUGGGUGAGCGGUCGGAAGAGAAGGGGGCGGCGGUGGUGGACGAAGGAGGAGUUGGAGAGGUGGCAAGCUGUGAAUUUUAUGAAGAGAUUACCAUCAAGGAGGAGACGUUGGGGUUGGAUUCGGAGGGGGAGUGAAGAAGGUUGAUGAAAAAGCGACGUAAAAAAUGUUAAAAUAAAGGAUUAUAAGUUGGAUUCAAUUUCAGUUGUUUUCUUAUCUGUAUCGUUCAAGUCUCCAAAUCGUGAAAGUCUCCAAACUGUUAAAAUCUCCAAAUCAUU